AUGCAGAUACACAUCAGGUAUUAUAAUAAGAACCUUCUAAUAAAGUACUGGGGCAGAUUUUAUGCAAAAGAUGUUCGAUUUGGGCCAGACGUGAGAUCCUUAAUGUUGCAAGGAGUAGAUAUUCUGGCAGAUGCUGUAGCGAUUACAAUGGGUCCUAAAGGACGGAAUGUAAUUUUGGAGCAAACAUUUGGCCCUCCUAAAAUAACAAAAGAUGGUGUAACUGUAGCCAAAGGAAUAGAACUUAAAAAUAAAUUUCAAAAUAUCGGUGCUAAACUAGUUCAAAAUGUAGCAAAACAGACGAACGAUGAAGCCGGAGAUGGUACAACAACUGCGACUGUUCUUGCAAGAGCCAUCGCAAAAGAGGGCUUCGAAAAUAUUUCAAGAGGUGCUAAUCCAAUAGAAAUAAGAAAAGGCAUAAUCAUCGCUGUUGAAGCUGUUACAAAUCAUUUAAAAAAAAUAUCAAAACCGAUAAUUAGCCGUAAAGAAAUAGAGCAGGUAGCAACUUUAUCUGCGAAUGGUGAUGAAGCUAUAGGUAAAUUAAUAGCUAAUGCAAUGGAAAAAGUGGGAAAAGAUGGUAUUAUUACUGUUAAAGAUGGAAGAACAUUAAAUGAUGAAUUGGAAAUAAUUGAAGGUUUUCAAUUCGAACGUGGCUUUGUAUCACCGUUUUUUAUUAACUCUACUAAAGGACCAAAAGUGGAGUAUAACAAUGCCUUGAUUCUAUUUUCUGAAAAAAAAAUUUUUCACGCCAAACAAAUCGUACCUGCUCUAGAAAUAUCAAACGCACAAAAGAAACCACUUAUUAUUAUUGCUGAAGAUUAUGAUGGGGAAGCAUUGUCUAUAUUAAUAGUAAACAAGUUGAAAAUUGGUCUUCAGGUGGCUGCUGUAAAAGCACCAGGAUAUGCAGAAUACAGAAAAAAUGCAUUAAUAGAUAUGGCUAUCGCUACUGGUGGAGUUAUAUUCGAAGAUGAUAUUAACCUUUUGAGACUUGAAGACUGUACUCUGAAAAGUCUUGGUCAAGUGGAGGAAGUAGUAAUCACAAAAGAUACAACAUUGAUGCUAAAAGGCCAGGGGGAUAAAAAUGAAAUAAAACAAAGAAUCGAACAGGUCCAAGAAGAAUACAUUGAAUGUACAAAUGAAAAAGAAAAAGAAAGGUUGUUGCAGCGACUAUCGCGACUAAAAUCAGUGGUAGCGGUAUUACGGAUAGGUGGAAGUAGCGAAGUUGAAGUAAACGAAAAGAAAGAUAGAGUCAUUGACGCACUCAAUGCAACGCGGGCUGCUGUAGAAGAAGGAAUUGUGCCAGGAGGUGGCUCUGCUCUUUUAAGAUGUAUACCAAUUUUAAACUAUUUAAAAUCAGUAAAUGAAGACCAACAAAAAGGUAUUGACAUAGUAAAAAAGGCUUUAAGAACUCCUUGUCUCACAAUUGCAUCGAAUGCUGGAUAUGACGGUUCAGUAAUUGUUUCUAAGGUUGAAAACUUGCCCAAUGUGAACUUUGGCUAUGAUGCUUUGAACAAUACUUUUGUUGAUAUGAUAGAAAAAGGAAUAAUUGAUCCCACAAAGGUAGUAAAACGAGCGUUGAUAGACGCUAGCAGGGUAGCAUCUCUUUUAACUACCGCUGAAGCAGUUGUGUGUGACUUACCAUUCCAAAAAGAACCAAUGCCAAAUAAACUUGGGCCAGAAACACCAGGAGUUACUAUUUAUUAG